UCCUUUUCCUCUCCAUGCUCCCGUGAGCCCGCUGCUUGCUGGUCCUUGCAACCUGCGAAUGGCGCACGUUGUUUGGUCCAGAAACUGGAGGUGUCAAGUUCAAGGCCCGAGCAUUUCUUGCCGCUGCAAGCCUGUAAUUGCACACAGGGUGUUCUUCCAUUUCUGAACCUAAGCCAGUCAGUCAGUAAGACCAAUUCUUGUCCCAAUCCGGACGCAGUUGCUUGCUGUGAAACGCUUCGAUUACCAGAGCUAGCAGUACCAUGCGCUUGCCACUUAUUCUCCACGGCUGCAGUUGCCUGUAGGUACUCGGUGACGGCAAUCUCAGCACCACGUACGUGUGACUUCGUGUUAGCUAGGCUGGGCAGCUGGGCAUUGCCGGCUCGUGAUUCCAUUUUCUCUAGCUGCCUUGCACGAUUACAGACAGGCUUGUUGUUCAGGUGCAGCUAACCCAAACCAGUUUCUGCCGCUUUCAUUGCCCCAUUGUACUAGCUAGUAGCAUUCUAUAUUUUCGAACACAUGCUGCAGACCCAUUCCAAAAGAAAACAAGGCCUUCUAGAAAAACUUGGAAUAGAUUUUAGACCAAGCGCAUCUUUCAUUUGACGUCAAUUAUAAUAGGUGCCCGUAUGUGCUUGCCCCGUCGUCAGUGUCAGCCACCCUACUUUCACCGGUACUAGCACUUGCCCAAGUGUAAUCAGUGGCGGAGCUAGCAAGAGACACAGAGAUAGUUUAUUGGGCUGGUGUUGACGCUAAGUCGACUAUUGGGUUAGUGCUGGACUGAUUAGGUUAAUCAGUGAUCUGGUACUGAGUUGCUAAGUUUCUUGUGUUAGAUGGGCUGGACCCGUGCUGUAGCACCCCAGAAACGGAUGCUGGAUCCGCCACUGAGUGUAGUUCAAAAGAUGGCUCGCAAACGGAGCCGGCCGGCCAUCCGCCAACCGAACCGCGUGCGGCAGAAAUCCUAGCUUCAACUCAACAGAGAAAAAACAAAGUUGCCAACCUGCCAUGCCUUCUUCCCUCUGCCACCGCGGCCGCGGGCGCCUCCUGGUCGUGCUCCUCUUCCUCGCCGCCGCUGCCGCCGCGGCCUCUUCCCGUAGCGAUGGUGCCUACGCCGCCUCCGCGUGCCAGUGGCGGCCGUACCUCUGCGGCACCGUCAACAUCAGCUACCCGUUUUAUCUUUACAACGAGACGGAGGCGCUCCCGGAGCACGACGGCGAGUCGUACUGCGGCUACCCGGGCCUGGCCGUCCUCUGCGACGGCGCUGGCAGGGCCGUGCUGAAGCUCGGCGCUGACAACUACACGGUGUCGCGCAUCGACUACGCGAACCUCACCGUCUCCCUCGCCGACGCUGAUGCUGUCAGCAGCAGCUGCCCCAGCGUGGACCAUAACGUGACCAUCCCGCCGGGCGUCGGGCUGUUCCUCCCCAUCUCAGCCGUCGAAUACCUCUUCUUCUUCAUCGGCUGCUCCUUCGGGCCCAAGCCGCCGGCUGAUGACACUCCCAAACCGCCCAAGCCGCCGUCCAUCAAGCCCAUCACCUGCGGCGGCUUCGACAAACCGGCCGCCAUGACGUUCGUGAUCCCGAGCGCUGACGUGCCUCCCGGCGACUGGCCCCGCGUGUGCCAGGCAGUUUUUCGAGUGCCCGUGCUCAGAGACGCCAUCCCGCCCGACGCACAGGACCCCGGGUGGAGGAGCGACGGGUACGGCAAGGCCCUCCGUGCGGGGUUCCAGUUGGGCUGGGACCGGAGCACCGGCCAGUGCAGCCAGUGCGAGCAGUCCAACGGCAAGUGCGGGUACAGCCGCGCCGGCGUGUUCCUGGGCUGCCUCUGCGCCAACGGCCGCGUGGACGGCAACGGGUGCAGUAAGAAUUCUGACUCCACCGCGUCUUCUUCGCCAGGAUCAAAGAAGAGAACUAGAAUUAUUGCAGGCGUCUUGGCUUCUGCUGCCGGUGCCGUUGCGCUUUCGGCUGCCAUAUUCUUGUUCAUUCGCAAAAGCAAGCAGAAGAAGGUAAUCAACUCAUCUUCGAAGCUCCUCAAGUACAGCGGCUCUGGCGGGACUCCACGUUCCAGGGGUGGCGACAUGGAGUCCGGCAGCAUCCAGGACUUGCAGACACACCUCUUCAGCUACGAGGAGCUUGAGGCGGCGACCGAUUGCUUCAAUGACAGCAGAGAGCUCGGAGAUGGCGGCUUCGGCACUGUCUACAAAGGAUACCUCCAAGACGGGCGCGUGGUGGCGGUGAAGCGGCUGUACAACAACAGCUACCGGCGCGUGGAGCAGUUCAUGAAUGAGGCGGCCAUCCUGUCCGAGCUGCGCCACCCGAACCUGGUCAUGUUCUAUGGCUGCACGUCCAGCCACAGCCGCGAGCUCCUCCUGGUGUACGAGUUCGUCGCCAACGGAACGGUCGCCGACCACCUGCACGGCCACCGUGCCCCCGAGCGCGCCCUCUCGUGGCCGCUCCGCCUCAACAUCGCCGUAGAGUCCGCCGCGGCGCUCACCUACCUCCACGCCAUCGAGCCGCCCGUUGUCCACCGCGACGUCAAGACCACCAACAUCCUCCUCGACGCCGACUUCCACGUCAAGGUCGCCGACUUCGGCCUCUCACGCCUCUUUCCCCUCGACGUCACGCACGUCUCCACCGCUCCCCAGGGCACACCAGGGUAUGUGGAUCCAGAGUACCACCAGUGCUACCAGCUGACGGAUAAGAGUGAUGUUUACAGUUUUGGGGUUGUCCUGGUGGAGCUCAUCUCGUCGAAGCCCGCCGUCGACAUCACCCGACACCGCAACGAGAUCAACCUGGCCGGCAUGGCCAUCAACAAGAUCCAGAAGUGCCAGCUCGAGCAGCUCGUGGACCUCGAGCUCGGCUACGAGACUGACCCGGCCACGAAGAAGAUGAUGACGAUGGUCGCGGAGCUGGCGUUCCGUUGCCUUCAGCAGAACAGCGAGAUGCGACCGCCGAUCAAGGAGGUGCACGAGGUGCUCAAGGGCAUACAGGGUGAGUGCCAGAUGGAGAAGGAUGGGGACAAAGACAGAGACCUCGCCGGGCCCUUCUCCCCCAAAACGGUCCAUGCUCCAUGGGACAGCAGGGCCACCACGCCUAACGCUAGCCAGUGACCAGCAGGGAUUAGAUUAGUGCUUGAGAGCUGAGAGCUAUGGAGAUUUAUUUGUGUUUGUAUCAUUGCUGCAUAGAGAUGUGCUUGUUGUGUGAGGCAUGCCAGAUUACCUAUGGUUUCCAGGCUUUAUAGUUCCUGGCGAUGUAAAUAUAUAUGAGUUUCGUUUGUACUGUCAGAA